AUCACGUGGCUGGUGACGUCGGCAGACCCGCGCGCAGCCGUAACCGGUCUAGAGAAGAUGGUGCUCAUCAAGGAAUAUCGUGUGGUCUUGCCAUGCUCGGUGGAAGAGUAUCAAGUCGGGCAGCUUUUCUCUGUGGCUGAGGCCAGUAAAAAUGAGACGGGUGGUGGAGAGGGCAUUGAAGUGCUAAAGAACGAACCAUAUGAGAAGGAGGGCGAGAAGGGGCAAUACACACACAAAAUCUACCACUUAAAGAGUAAAGUGCCGGGCUUUGUGAGGAUGAUUGCACCAGAGGGGGCGUUAGUUUUCCACGAAAAGGCCUGGAAUGCUUAUCCAUACUGUCGCACGAUUGUGACUAACGAAUACAUGAAAGAUGACUUCAUGAUUAAAAUUGAAACGUGGCACAAACCUGACACGGGCUCUUUAGAGAAUGUAAAUGAUCUGGAUCCCACCACAUGGAAGACAGUGGAGGUCGUGCAUAUCGAUAUAGCCGAUCGGUCUCAGGUCGAACCUGGAGACUAUAAACAGGAAGAGGACCCAGCAAUCUUUCACUCAAAGAAAACUGGCCGGGGACCUUUAGGACCAGACUGGAAGAAAGAGCUCUUGGCUAAGACAGACACCCCUCGUAUGUGUGCAUACAAACUAGUCACCGUCAAGUUCAAGUGGUGGGGCCUUCAAACCAAAAUAGAAAACUUCAUCCACAAGCAAGAGAAGAGAAUCUUCACCAACUUCCACCGUCAGCUCUUCUGUUGGAUUGACAGCUGGGUGGAGCUCACCAUGGAAGACAUCCGCAGGAUGGAGGAGGAGACGCAGCGAGAGCUGGAGGAGAUGCGUCAAAAGGGGUCCGUACGAGGCACAACGGCAGCCGAAGAGUAGCCGAAUCCUUUUUAGUAACACAAGGCAGGUGGAGAGACUCUCUUCGUAAAACUGGUCAGGUUCGAGGCACCAGUGCUGCUCACGAGCAAUAAGGCUAAACUUCAAGAAUCCAACCACGACGACACUUGACGAAAGACAUCACCGCAUCCAACCAAACCGGCCAGUGGUGGUGCCGUCCUCCUCCACCAGACCGCAGAAUGACACAGUGAUCAGUAGUACUGUACUCACACACCUGCCGACAGGGUGGACAUUUUCACGGUCAACCUGUUUUUAGAUUCAGCCAGGUUGAUCCAGUGACUAUUACCGCUUUGUUAGAAAUAUCUGAGUAUUGCUGUAUGGUUGUGUUAUUCUAUUUCAGAAACAAAACGACUUAAUUUUGGCAGGCAUUGGACCAAUUCUUUGUGUUUUUGUUUGGUUUUAUCUGUUUGUAAUGUUUCAGAUCUUUAUGUUCUUGUCUGUGUUUAGUCUUCCCCCCCAGAUGAAGCACUUCUUUUGGUUCUUUUAAAUUCCUAAUCACGUUUUUAAUUAGUAGAUUUUCAUUUCGUAUCAGCGUAGUCCUGCCUACCAUGUCUUGUUUUUCUAGGUUAAAUGUGUGAUGCUACUGCACGGCAUGCACAUUUGUGCAAAAACACACGUCCACCUCGCAAAACCUUUUCCACGAGUGGCUUUUGCAUGAGCUCAGGCAUCUUAGCGGCUGUUUUUGAGAGGGUCUUCAUGUUCUCAAGACACUUUGCGUGACGUAACCCCUCAGGACUCCUCUUCUUCUCACCAAAAUCCAAGCUAAUUACCGGAGCAAAUAGCCGCUGCUGCUUUUUCUUACUUUUAGAGUUGCUUUAGGACAGGCAAAGUGCUUUUAUAUCGCUAAUCUACCUGUAAUGCUCUCAGGGUUCCCACGGUCUUGGAAAAUCCUGGAGAUAUCAGGGAAAAUUGUGAUUUCCAGGCCUGGAAAAGUCUCGGUUCAUUACAAGUAUACCUACAGAAAAUAAUUUCCGUAAGUAAAUUAUAAUAAAAUUAAAAUAAAGUCCCUCAGUCUUUUUAAAAAGCAAAAAUCGCCAAUUCAGUAAUGCAGUUGCAAUGCACGUAAACCGCAUUGCCGUUUAAAAGCUGAAGUGUGAUGAUGAUUGUCAUUUUUCUCUUGCUAUUAUUUGAUCUAUAAAGUCUAAAUUGUCAUUUCUGAGGUGUAACUAUUUUUCCAGGUGGAUGAAUCUCUGUUUACUGACAUGCAAGCAGUGACUCCUGUCUGGUAUCCUUGCGCAUAUUAUGCAAAUGUUACUGCGGUUGUCAUGACAACAGAUUUAAAUUCGGUGUCACACAGGCACAGUCAGGAAGAGAUUCUAGUGCACAAGUCUCAUGGUUUUAGUGUGUACUUGAAUCUUUUUUGACCAGCCCUGCAGACUUGCAUUAAAUGCAUUAAUGUAACAGCAUUUUUUGCUUGACAAAAAAUGGACAACCUGAAAUUCCUACAAUCGACAUGCUGUCCCCAAAAGAUUUCUUUAAUGAAAUCCUAAAGUAUAAAUUCAUAUAUUUAUAUAGUGUAUAUUGCAGUCUAUGCAAAAUGAUUGAUCAGAACGUGUGGGAACCCGGAGCUCUGCACCUGAAUGUGUGCGUAGAUGCCUCAACAGACGCUUAAGACAAAGAGGAGAACUUUAUAAAUGCAUUUUAAAGAGCUUGAUAUUUGUAUAGUUUCUAUAUCUUACCAGGUCAGAGUCACAGGAUGUGCAGGUAGAAUAAUUCUACUUCCUGUCUUCCUCGUCUCUGGCCGUCCUGCACCAGCUCAGAUCAUCCAGCCUAGCAAAAAGAGUCUCUGCUGUUUGCGCUUGACCCGCAGUGCAGGGCUGUUUUAUCUCCUCGUUUAUUAGUAACAGGUUUUUAACGUGUACGGUUCUCUGUCCAGAGCGACAGACAGAUUGGGAUUUUUAUCAUAUAUUGUGGUCAGUGCAUUAGUUUAAAUAGUCGGGCUUUCAUGGACAGCUGACGGCCAGAGUUUGUGCAAUCACACGCAAACUAGUGCCUGAUGUCUGCGUUGAAACCGCGAUCCUAUCACACUGUGAUUGUCUAGUUAGAAUUGCACAUUUGUGAUAGUUUUCAAGCCUGAACGUGGGAUACAACACGUUUCUUCUUGGUUUGCAUGUUUUGUUUCUUAAAGUCCCUCUCAUUUCAAGGUCCACGAAUGUUCACGCAAUCAUGCAACCUGUCAGGUUCGGCCUCAGCGGCACCUUUAUGGCAAUCAAGAAGACCUGUGUUCCUCUUCUCAUAGAUCUGGAUGGGAGGAAGUCAGGUUUUGAUUUUUGCUUUUUUCAUGUUCUCUCGAUCAUAAUUGAGGAAUCAGUGCACUGACGUCUGUUCAGACAUAUUGUCUCCAGUCUCACGGAUAGUGUGGUUUACUUUUGUACACGUACAUGGCUUUUAGGCUAGCAGGGACUGGGAUGGGCAAGGGUUUCAGAUAUAAUGAAUGAAUCAUAUUGUAAUCGAAGCAUAACUGCGCACUUGGAGAAUCUAC